GAAAUGGGGGCCCAAGUGGUUGCCGGAGAGUCGCAAUGGGCCACUGUGGCUCCAUGCGCCAUUUCGGCCCUCACAGCACCAUCUCCUCUGCCCUUUUGCAAACGCAGGUUGAGCAGCUGACCUGGAGGUCGUGGAGGAUAGGAGAGGUGCCUGAGGACAGAAGGAAAGCCAACGUCACUGUAGUCUUCAAAAAUGGCCAGAAGGAGGAUGCAGGAAACUACAAGCUGGUCAGCAUCACCUCCAUCCCUGGAAAGGUGGUAGAGCAGCUCAUCCUGGAGGAUAUCUCAAAGCAUGUGGAGGAAAAGAAGGUUAUCAGGAGCAGUCAACAUGGAUUCACUAAGGGGAAAUCAUGCCUGACCAACCUGAUAGCCUUCUAUGAUGGAAUGACUGGCUGGGUAGAAGAGGGGAGAGCAGUGGAUGUUGUCUAUCUUGACCUCAGCAAGGCUUUUGACAUCGUCUUCCAUAACAUCCUCCUAGUUUCAGGAGUUUCAAGAAGAAAGCGGCAGACUGGAUUUCCUGUCUUGUUGCCCUGAGACCCUCCACCACACCUCCAUACAGCAAACAACAAAUCAGUACUGGUUAGGAGCCAGUGAGUUAACGGUUGUUACACUCAAUAUGUUGUAAACCAUGGAAUCACAGGCUGGAUGAAGUCAGCCGGGACCUCUGGAUAUCGCCUAGUCCAAACCCUGUGCUAAAAGCAGGGUCAGGUACAGAGGGUUUCUCAGAGCCAUGUCCAGAUGUCUUUUGAAUAUCUCCAAAUGAGGGCACUCCAAAACUUUUCUGGGGAACCUGUUCUGAUGUUUGACCAAUGUGACAAUAAAAAUCUCUUUUGUAAGUUUAAAUGGAAUUUUCUGUGUUUCCAUUUGGGCCAUUUCCUCUGGUCCUGUCACUGGGCACCACUAAGAGCCUGGCUCUGUCUUUUUUAUACCCUCCUGUCAGGUAUUUAUAUAGAUUGAAAAGGUCCUCCCAAGCCUUCUCUUCUCCAGGCGGAGCAGUACCAGCUCUCAGCCUCAUCUUGUACAAGAGAUGGUCCAGUCCCUUAAUCACCUUCAUGUGCCUUUACUGAACGCACUCCGGUGCAUCCAUGUCUAUCUUGUACUGGGGAGCCCAGUGCUGGCCGCAAUACCCAGGUGUGUCUCACCAGCGCUGAGCAGGGGGAAGGACCAGCUCCCUCCACUUGCUGGCAAUGCUCUGUCUAACGCAGCCCAGGAGGCUGCUGGCCUGCUUCACCGCAAGGGCACAUCGCUGGUCCAUGUUCAACCUGAUGUUCACAAGGACCCUCAGGUCCUUUUAUGCAAAGCUGCUUUCCAUCCCCUUAGCCCCAUACUCAUGCAUGAGGUUAUUCUUACACUUUGCAAUAAAAUAAAUUUUAAAAUAGAGCUAAAAGCAAACAUUUCAGCCUUUCUCUUUGAAACAACAUUUCUGCUUUUUUUUUUUUUUUCCCUGCAUAAUAGGGUCAGAAAAGUUGUUGAGUUUCAGCGAUAUGUUAAAGCACCACUGAGAAAGCCAAAACAGCAUUAUUUGCAUAUGCCAUAAAGAAGCCUGGAAUUAAAAUAUGUAGAAAUAAACAAUGAAUGUGAUAAACUGCUGAAGCUUCUAAUGAGAAAAAGAGGCACUGAUAAUUGCAAACUAUAGCCAGUUUUAUUUGUACCUCUUAUUUUUAUGGGGGUUUUGUAGCUUUUUUUUUUUUUUUUUUUUUUUUUUUUGUAAAGCAUUGUUCUAAUAGCACAGCAUGUUGUUCAGUUUUCUGUAUCACACAUUGUCUUUCAGGUACAGCCAAAGAAAUGCAAAGGAAUCAGCGAUACAUUCCUAGGGCUAGUUCUGGCCUAUUUGGAAGCAGAGGUGAAGCUGCCCCAAGUCAUUUUUUGAGGGCCAAAACUGCAGCUGAGAACGGUUGGAAAUGCAUUAACUGCAGCCAUUAUAAUCGAGACUAUGGACAUAGAAGUGAGGGAGACAUAAUUUUCUUGUUUGGAUUUGCCAUUAACUUUGUUAUGAGAGAACCUGGACAACUAAAGGCACUACAAGAGUGCACUAGACAUUUCAUAUUUUGUUGACGCUGGCAAAAAACAAAAGGCUUUCUAGCAUCUCAAGCAAGAUAACAUUGGUUAUGAAAAGCAAUCUGAUGAGAAUCAAGCAUAUCCCUACUCAAGCAUUCCAUUACAAUGCAAAGACCCUAAGAGCUGAAUUAAUCUGUAUAUUCUGCCAAGAGAUUACAUGCCAGUGGGAACAUCCAGAAGAAAAUUGAAGUUAUGGACGGGUACACAGCAGUUGCACUGGUUGCUCACAUUACAGGGAGAUUUGGUCAGUGAAAAUCUGCCAUUUGAAGACCAAACUGUAAAACUUCAACUCAAAGUUAUUUCAAUUUUUCUAUACAGAUGUGAAAGCUGAAGGAUUUGUAAUAAAGGCAGAGCCAGUACCUGCCAAAGCAGGUGCACUUCUGGGUACCUGGAACAAUAUGUUAAAGGGUGUAAAUAAACAGAAUAGUUAUAUUGAACAAAACCGUCUUGGACCUAAGAAAACAAAAGGAAGCAAAAAGAAAAGUAACAUGGGUAGAGGAUGGCCCAGGGGCUCUUUUAUUUGGUUGGGUUCUGCUCCUAAAAGAUUUGAUGGCAAGGAAAGGAUCUACAGUCAGGAUCUUUUUUUGUCCUGAGUGCCUAACUGUGCUCUGAAAAUGUUUCCAGAGUGUAGACAAUUUGUUUUCUAAUGCCUUUUGUCUUUCUGCCUCAAAACCAGUAAGAGUAUUUCCAUUGUGGAUUUUCAGAACUUGACGAGGUUUUAAGGAUUCCUCCCGUGUGAGAGCAUCAUCUGAAGAAAGGGUUUAUCAAGCUACAACAAAAGAGAUUUUGUUUGCCAGACAAAAGAAAAAGCAAUAUUAGCCCCUUCAACAAAAUACUUAAGUGUUUAAUUUAUAUGCAUCAUAUUUGAUCUGAAUCAUAACAAAACAGAAUAAACACUGCGGAGAUUUCAAAGAAAAUGAUUGUAUUAUUACUUCACUCAAAUACCAAAGGAUGGUAAUAUGAAAAUAUUUAUUUUCACAUGUUGCAAAUGUGACAACCUGAUAAUAUUCUGGAUGAUUACAACUGACAUUUUGUUUGGAAAAUAAUAAACAAUAUAGUCUCCUGGAGUAGUUCCAUAAAUGAUUAUUGGGAAUGUGCCCUGAGAUAUUCAUAGAGAGUAGCCCUCAGAGUGGGGCCAGGGCUCCUCCAUGGCUAGUGUCACUAGCUGACAAAUACUCCCUGUUUCCCACCUAACAAGUAAGAAUGUAAGCCUGAGAAGUUAGAAAAGAAAUUUCAGAAAAGACAUAAUGAUUAUUAAAAAAGUUGAGAAUUACUGUGCUUGAAGGAAAACAUGGAAAGCCACAUGAGCCAUUUUAUGUCUCAAUAAAGCUGACGCAGUAUGUUAGACAGAACUCACAGAAACAUUAAACACUUCAGGAUUCCCUGGGAUAAGAGCUAUACUGCAUAUCUCAUCAGUUAAAUAUUUAUUUCUCAGCACAAGUAAGGACAAUACUUUUACGUGCAAAAGUGAUGAAGCUGUAAAUACAGACAAAUGGUGGUAAAAUCCCUGUAGGACGGUAAAGCUGAGAGUACAACACUGUUUCACAAGAAAUCUUGGAAGUCUUGAAUGCCUCAUGGCUUGAGUAAUGAGGGGAAGUUAAUAUAGAUCAUUUUUAACAUACUGAACAGUGCUUUUCAUGUUUCCAAAUGUGGAUGGAUGAAUGUCUACACAGAGCAACUGUAAUAGAUUGCACAAAUCUCAGGGCUGUGAGCUGAUUGUUUGUAGCUGAGGACAAAGCUAUGAGUAAUUAACCCACCGUGUAGCAUUCCUAAAGUUCAGAAUGGCUUGCUCUUCUGGGAGUUAAGGAUAUAACAGUCUUUAUUCCCAAGGCUUUUGUGGAAAUGAGUUGAGUAAUUUUUGAGUCACAUAAUACUUUUACAUCUAAAUAAAUAAACACAGAUUUAUUUAUAAAUAUUGUCUUUGUAAAUAGUCUCACUUAUGGCCAAAACCUAAUAAUUAAAAUCACCUGUGUAUGUUUGUGAAGUUGCAGUUUGAUAUUUAAUAGUCGAAAAUAUAAUUUGCAAUACAGCAAUAAUAAUCGCUUAGACUGUCUAUAAAAAGAUUUGUUGGAAGUACAGUACUACAUGGGCAAUUCCUGUGCUGUUAUGUGCUUUUUCUGUAUUACUGAAGAGAAACUAUGGGAUGUAUAAAAAGAAAACUCAGCUGAUGCCAGAGAAAUUUCCCGUAUCACAUUACCAUGUUAUGCGCCUAAGCGUUUGGCCACUUAGAGUAAACGGUAACUCCUUUGCUAGAGGACCAUAUGGGUUAGAUGGCUAAUCUUUUGUCCUUUAUAUGAAACUCCUGUUUUGAAACACACCGUAUUUUUUCCUCCAUGAAUGUUCUCUGGUACUAAAAGAUGGCAAGGUCCAUUUGUGUGUAUGGUUUAUGGUCUAGCAAUAGUUCUACACAGGAAGAAAGAUAAAGUGCCUGCUGGACACACUGAACAUAGCUCAGAGCAGAGCCCCAAAGGCAUGUGGCCAGCAAGACUGCUGGGCAGUGCAGUGUCAUACUGAGCCUCACACCUGUCGCUUGGAGAAACAUGCCUAUGGAGAAAGUUGAAAACUUGCAUAUGGAGAAGAGCAUGCCCUUUACCAGCAGCCAAAAGAAUCUCAAACAUCUGUUCCUCACACCUGCUACAGGUCACAAGGCUGCAAAGAGGAUGUGUUGGCCCAAGAAGGUGAUCAGGACAAGAAGCAAUGGGCACACACUGAAACACAGGAAACACAUUUUUACUGCAAGUGUGAUGGAGCACUGGCACAGGUUGCCCAAGGAGGUUGUGGAGUCGCCAUCCUUGGAGAUAUUAAAGUCAUCUGGACUUGGCCCUGGGCAACCUGCUCUAGAUGUCCCUGCCUGACCAGGGGUUGGACCAGAUGAGGUUCCUUCUAACCUCAACCAUUCAACGACUCUGUGACUCCAUGAAGAUAUCUGAAAAGUCAUGUAUGUUGAUGAAUGAGGUUUUUUGUCUUGAUAUACACAUCAUUCUGCUCUCAGUACAAGGAGAAAUAUUACAGUCAAAUGCUGUGAUGUGACCAGAAUUGCUUGGCAAUGCAUAUUUCUGUUCUAAUCCAAGGCCAAACAAUGGCCUUAAGGACAUCAUAUUUGUAAGAAAAUCUUAAUCUUUCUCAUCAGUUCAUACCCUUAUAAAUGUCAGGUUUUCUUAGCUUCUGAGGCAGAGGAACAGAUCUUUUCACUGAACUGUUUUACUGGUUAUUAUUCCUAUAUUUUGUUUUAGGCAAACUUGACAGUAUUUCAAAAAGCAUAGGUCAGACAUGCAAUAUGUUGAAUUCACUGUAUAGGUGGUGCAACUUUUUUCAGCGUAGGUGUACUAACUACAGGAAAGCAAAAAGCAGAAAGUCAGUUGUUUGUUGCUGAGUAUUUAGCCUUCUGAACAUAUUAAUUGCACUGAUAGAUUUGGGUGGACUUACUAAUUGCAUGGUCCAGAUUUCCAUUUCUCUCCUGAGUGGGUGCCAAAUGUGUGUACCUGUAAGUAACUAAUUUGUACAGACAACUGUGAUUACUUAUCUGAAAGAGAGACUGCAGAAAUAGCGAUCAGUUACAUAAGCCACUGAACUGUCUGAACAUGUCUUUUCCUACCUUUUAUUUCCAAUCACAAAUAUGUAAAUACUUGUCUAAAAAUCUGGGCUUCAUUGUAAAAUUAAACUGUAUAGAAAAAGGUGGAGGAGGAAAGACAAAAAGAAUUGAAACGAGUCCAGAUAGAUUUGCAUAAUAUCAGAAUGUCACUACAUUUUAAUAUCUGUUACAACAUUUCUGAUACUUAAUAAAAUCAGGUUAGUGCCAGAAUCUAGUAAAGGUCAACAUAGUGCAUUUUCAUUUUAUAGCUACAACAUUUUCACAUUUAUUAAGAUUAUUUUAAACUGAAUGAAUUGAAUGAAUGAAUGACAUACUGUAGAGGUAAAUAUCAAGGAAGAAGAAUUAUUAUUUAAGUUAAAGGAUGGUAUUGGCACAGAAUCAAAUGAUUAUAAAUUGGCCAUGAAUAAAUUUAAAGGGGAAAUUGGAAAAAUGCCCUCAUUCAUCCAAGAAGUAUGUUUCUGGAACUGUCUGACAGAGGGGAACGGGACUGAGUAAUUUAAACUGUUAAAAAUAAUGGGAUGUGCUUGGGAAAGGGAUCACGUAAUUAAGCAGGAGAUGAUUGAAUGGAAUGAGAUUUGUCACAGAAUCCUGGGAAGCCAUUUUGUCCCAGGGCACAAGUUUGCAGUGACAGUUUUCAGAUAUGUGGUGGGUCUGUAUUCCUACAAAGGUCCCCCAGAAACGCUAUUGCCAGAAAACUGUACAAUUUUAUUCACGUUGCUGAGUUUCUGUUCAACACUGGUUAGAAAUCAGCUAUGAGUUUCCUAUCUUGAUCUGUAAUUUGGCUUCUAGGGUCUGCAUUUAUUGUCCUCUGAAGCCUUGGAGGUGAGCAAGUAGACACAGAUGAGGUGAAAUUGUACCUUUAAUGGCAUUACAUCCUCAGAUGUCUGGUUGAUGUGCCCUGUUCACACAUUCAAUGUAAAACUAGUUGCAAGGUAUGAGCUAGGAAGAAAUUCUUUCCUGAAUUUAAAUUAGCAGCAAUGUUGCAGUGUAUGUGACUCUCUUAGGACUCUCUAUGGGUUUUAUUUAGGAACUGAAGUGUAGGGACCUUUGGUAUUAACGAGAUUCUUCCUGCUUUUACCCAGGGCAUGGUUCAGGCUUGGCUUUCUGAUAGGGUGUUGGGAAGAUUUUUUUUAUCUGUUAGUGCGUGGUACAAAUGUUUUCACACCCCUUUCAAACCAGGCAGCUGUUGCAUGGGUGCCUGAAAUUUGAGAAACUGUGCUCUAUGAGUUGGCCAAUUUCUCUCAUUCUUUGUUCUUAAAUAAGGUAAUCAUCUUGCCAAUUUUAAAUAAAUGUUUAAAAUCUA